AUGGCAAUUGCAGCCGCAAGCAUGAGCAACAACAAUAACAGCAACAAUAACAACACCAACAAGGAUGACGAUGAUGAUCACCAUGAACAGGACAUGGUGAUGCCUGGCUUCCGUUUCCAUCCCAGAGAAGAAACUGGUCGAGUUCUACCUUCGCCGAAGGUUGAGGGCAAGCGUUUCAAUGUCGAACUCAUUACUUUUCUUGAUCUAUAUCGCUAUGACCCUUGGGAACUCCCUGCUUUGGCGGCCAUAGGGGAGAAAGAGUGGUUCUUCUAUGUGCCGAGAGAUCGAAAGUAUAGAAAUGGUGACAGACCUAAUAGAGUGACGACUUCUGGUUAUUGGAAGGCGACGGGAGCUGAUCGAAUGAUCAGAAGUGAGAGCUCUCGAUCAAUUGGGUUGAAGAAAACCCUAGUUUUCUAUUCUGGGAAAGCUCCUAAAGGCAUCAGAACCAGCUGGAUUAUGAACGAGUAUCGUCUUCCUCAGCAUGAAACUGAACGAUACCAGAAGGCCGAGAUAUCGCUUUGUCGCGUGUACAAGAGAGCUGGAGUUGAAGACCAUCCAUCUCUUCCUCGUUCGCUUCCAACAAGAGCAUCAUCUUCAUCAUCAUCAAGAAGCUUUACACCAUCCAAUAAAUAUCCUCAAGAGGCAGCUCAACAUUUAGCAAUGGAGAGGUUCCAAACUUUCGGAACUCAGUCUCAUAAUUCACCGCAACUUGAUAUCGAAAAGAUGAGCGAAACAGAUGGAAGUACAAGCUCAGAUGUCACCACAGUUCUUGGACUUUCAAAGCAAAACGUUUACCGUCCAACGAUGGUGUCUCCAAUCAGCGCUUCACUCGGUCUGCCAUCAUCAAUAGAAGAGGAAGGCUUGUUCCUUCACCAGUCUAAACAAGUAUGCAGCUCUUUAGUCCCCACUUGCACCACUCUAUUUCCCGGUGGAUCCUCUUCUGUGUCGUCGAACCCCGCCGCCGCCACUGCCCUCGAUGAGUUUCACCGAUUAUUAACCUACCAACAAGCUUCCAUCAACCAGCAGCAACAACAACAGCAACCGUAUAAUUUCAAUCACCACUCGCAGUUCUCCUCUUUGCAACCUCAUCAAGUGCAGGCGGCGCCACUGGGACUCAACACACUAACAGCUUCGCUUCCAACUGCAGCUUUAAUCUCAGAUAGAUUGUGGGAAUGGAACCCAAUUCCAGAAGCAAACAGAGAGUACAGCGAUCCAUUCAAGUAAAUCAUCAAUCAAUCAAUUCUAUGAUUAGAUUAAGCAUGAUUUAUAUCUAAAUAUACAAAUAACUAGAUAUACUUUAUGUGAUCAUCACCACUGAUUAUUAUUUAUCUAGCUAGUUCUUAAUUUCUCAACUGCAUGUAAUGUGUUAUUAGCUUUAAUAUAUGACUGAUUAUUGAUGAAUAUCAUUUACUACUCUGCUAGGGUUAAAUUUUGUGUUAGUAUAUAUAGCAAGGUUAAGUGAUUGAUCCUUGUAGUACAUACUGCUUAUUUUGAUUACUUCUAUAUUGUAGUCUUGUGGGUUUCUUUCAAUUCAUUUUAUA